AAAAAUAAAUAUAUACAUAUACAAAGGAAGACAACAAAAAAUGGAAACAAAACAUUCCAUGUAUCAUCAGCAGCGCCUUCGACCGAAUGUCGGUGGAGGACGUCCAGGAACGAGAGCAGGACCAGGACCAGGAGCCCCACUAUGCGCCCACUGUCGUGGCCAGUUGCUGCCCCAUCCAGAGGAGCCCAUCGUAAUGGCGCUGGGCCAGCAGUGGCAUUGCGACUGCUUCCGCUGCUCCGUGUGCGAGGGUCACCUGCACAAUUGGUACUUCGAGCGCGAGGGUCUGCUCUACUGUCGCGAGGAUUACUAUGCCCGUUUUGGUGAUGCCUGCCAGCAGUGCACCGCUGUCAUCACGGGACCCGUCAUGGUGGCCGGCGAGCACAAGUUCCAUCCCGAGUGCUUCUGCUGUGCAGCCUGCGGCUCCUUCAUCGGCGAGGGCGAGUCGUAUGCCCUGGUUGAGCGCUCCAAGCUCUACUGUGGCCAGUGCUAUGGAAAGCGAUCUUGCCAGCCGGCGGAUGCCAAGGCAAGGAUUACGACGGCCGGCAAGCCGAUGCAUUCCAUUCGCUUGGUGGAGAUACCCAAAGACGCGACUCCCGGACUACGCGUGGAUGGAGUAGCGCUGGACGAUGGCUGUCCCACUGUUCGAAUUACGGACUUGUUCUGCAAGUUCUUCUUCUGGUUGACCUCGGUGGCGGAGCAGUGCUGUGGUGCCUCCUAUAGGAUCGAUGUGAAUCUGACGAACCUGCACAUUGGCGACCGCAUCCUAGAGGUGAACGGCACACCCGUGAGCGACUCUUCGGUGGAGCAGAUCGACAAGCUUAUACGCAGCAAUGAGAAGAUGCUCCAGCUGACCGUCGAGCACGAUCCGGUGCAGGUGUGCCGCUCGUGCAGCCAGGCGGAUAUCCAGCGAGCCUGUUCCGCAUCCACACUGAUUCUACCACUGAGCACAUCGGCGUCCAGUGUCGAAGUUGGUGGCCGAGAGCGUUUGUAUAAGACGCCGAAUGGUGAACCCAAUCAGGGCACCAAGGCGCGGAAGCUGCGACAGGCUAGCAAUGCCUCUGCGACCACCAUACCCGUGGCAGCCGCCGCCAUGACCCAGCUGAAGGAGAAGGAACGCUGCUCCAGUCUGUCCAAGCUGCUCGACGAACAGCAUCAGGCUCAACAGCAAUCGGCGCAUCCGCAACUCUACGAUCUGUCACGGACGCAAUCUUGCCGAGUCGUCCAGAAGCCUCAGCGUAUCUUUCGUGCCUCCGAUUUGGUCAUUGGCGAGAAGCUGGGCGAGGGUUUCUUCGGCAAGGUAUUUAAGGUCACCCAUCGGCAGAGUGGCGAGGUGAUGGUCCUUAAGGAACUCCAUCGGGCCGACGAGGAGGCCCAGAAGAAUUUCAUCAAGGAAGUGGCCGUCCUUCGAUUGCUCGACCAUCGGCAUGUCCUUAAGUUCAUUGGUGUGCUUUACAAGGAGAAGAAGCUGCACAUGGUCACCGAAUAUGUCGCUGGCGGCUGUCUCAAGGAGCUCAUUCACGAUUCCACCCAGAUCCUCUCCUGGCCGCAACGCGUCUGCCUGGCCAGAGACAUUGCCUGUGGGAUGAGCUACCUCCACUCGAUGAAUAUCAUCCAUCGUGACCUCAACUCCAUGAACUGUCUGGUGCGCGAGGACCGUUCGGUCAUUGUGGCUGACUUUGGCCUCGCACGCAGUGUGGAUGCGCCGCGACUCCCUGGCGGAGUGCCUGUAUCCUCCAGUGGAAAUGGAACGCCCGGUGGUGGCUAUGGAUCUGGCGCUGGCAGCGAUGCGGCCAUGUCGCCGGGCGGCACGCUAAGGCGCAGCAAGAGCCGCCAGCGAAGACAGCGAUACACAGUGGUGGGCAAUCCCUACUGGAUGGCGCCCGAGAUGAUGAAGGGCCUCAAGUACGAUGAGAAGGUGGAUGUCUUUUCCUUCGGCAUCAUGUUGUGUGAGAUAAUUGGACGCGUGGAAGCCGACCCGGACUAUAUGCCCCGCAACUCGGACUUUAGCCUGAAUCAGCAGGAGUUCCGCGAGAAGUUCUGCCACUCGUGUCCGGAGGCGUUCGUCAAGGUGGCCUUCGUGUGCUGUGACCUCAAUCCGGAUCUAAGGCCCUCCUUCGAGACGCUGCACAUGUGGCUGCAGCGGCUGGGUGAGCAUUUGGCCGUCGAGCGGGUGCCGCCGGAACGGCUGCUGCACGAGAUCGAGAACUUUCAGGAGUGCUAUGCCAGUUCCGAGGACGCCUUGUCGCCCACCUCGCAGCGCAGCCUGGACAACUUGGACCAGUUGGUGAGUGGCGUGGCGGAAUCACCGGAUUCGGUUUGCCACCCCUUGGACAAGGAUGGGGAAAAGGCGACAGAGACAGAGAAGGAGAAUCUGGUGAUACGGCCGCAGGAUAUACCAAAAUCACCCCAUCUCGGAAAGGAUUUCUCGCCGAGCGGCGAAAGACUGAGGGAUAGUAUGCGGGCGCGUCGUCGUCAGCGUUUCCUUGGCGCCCAGGAGCAGCGUCGCAACCUCACACCCGAAACGGAGUCCAAGGAGCGGGCCUUGAAGCAGGCUCUGCGAAAAUGCCGGCCAUUUGGCGAAAGGGGCUACUUGGUGGAUCUGCGGCCGGGCGGAGAGCUGCAGCUGCAGGAUGUGCGAGACCUAAACACCUAUUCAGAUGUGGAUUCUAGUUGCGACACCAGCCUGAAUUAUCUAGAGGUCAACAGUCUGCCAGCGGCAGCGCCUGCCCCGCAACAGGAGGAGGAUGUGGAGAAGCCUACACACAAGGUGGAAAUGGUGGAGACGACGUCCCAAACGAACCGCACCGAGCCGCACCGCCUGGCCAUCGAGGAUAUGCGCAACCGGCUGCAUCAAUGCCGCAAUAUGUUCGAGCAACUGGAGGAGGAGAGCAGACGGAACCUUAGCCAGACGCAACACUCUAUGCGCAACUUCUUCAAGACACCACCGGUGGCCCUAAAGAUGUUCCAGCGGCUGGAGCACGAGGCGGCUGCCCUGAAUGGCGGCAACAAUUGCCCGCCGCCGCCUCCGCCACGGACACAGCGCAUCAAUCAGACACCGAUAUUUGGCCGACGGAAUCCGCCAGCGGCCGAUGUUGUGGAGAAGCAGAAGCUCCAGCAGGCCGAGUCGCUGGAGCAUUUGGCCACCAGCGCUGGUGGCAAGCAACUGCCCAUGCCGGCACCGGCACCCAAACGCAGCAAGGCCGCCUUGCCAACGCCACCAUCGGUUAGCAAUCCGAGCAGUAGCCACCACCAGUCCACAAAUCAGUCACUCUUUCUGCCGCCCAGUGGGACUGGCACCGCACCGGACUGGCUCCCGAAGAAACACAGGCUUACACUGCCCAUUCCCCCGCCUACGCAUUCUUCGCCACAGCGAAUCGGCAGCACUCACCGGCAGCCUGCGAGCAACAGCAAGAGCAAACCGCUAAAGCCAACAUCCAGUCGGACGACCCAUGGAAACACCGCCAGCAGCAACAUCACCCCCUCGCCCACCAGGAACAGCAGGCCUGGAUCGCCCAGCAAGCAUCUGGCGCAGAGGCACACCGCCGCCACGGCCCAGCGUCUGACCAAUGUGAACGCCACCAUUCAGCAGCAGCAGCAGCAACAGCAGCAGCAGCAGCAAUCCUCGAGAACGACACGCCUGAACAUCCUGAGUCCUGAGAAAGUGCAUCGCCUUGGCGCUCGACUUACUGAUCAGAAGCUGAAGCUCCGCGAAGAGGCGGCCAACGGAAGCAGCGUAGCCUCGUCGGGAGUCAGUAAUGGUGGCCAUCGGUCUAGUGCAUCGGCAGGAUCAGCAUCAAGUGCGGCGACGGGCGAAAGGAGACGGCGGGUGGCCCCAUCGCCGCCCGUGCGUACCCAUUUUAACACGCGCUGCUAGCAGGCGGUCUAAAGAAGCCACUGGACGGCUCAGGAGGCUGUUCCACUCAGGGAGCAAAUGGAAAAUGGCUGUGGAAGCCGGACAAUUCAAGAUAGUUGCACUGUUAAAAGCGCACAUGAAGCACGCCCUUUCCCUAAAACAACAGAAAACAUUCCAACAAGAAAAAUCAAGAAACCCACUAGGAUACUCGCAAAACAACAAAAAAUCAAACGAAAUACGAAAGAAAAGCGAAUAAUCGAAAAAUCUACAAGAUUCCAGAAAUCCAUUCCGAAAAACGAAAUCGAUGGCAGUUUUAAAAAAACUGUUAAAGUUUACCGAGAGAGAGAGAGAGAGGGAGAAAGAGAGAGAGAGAGAGGUAGCUAAACAGAAAAUAACAUAAUGCUCAAUAAUAAGCCCAGCAAAAACUGUUAUACCCAGCUCUCUAAAAAGUUUUUAUCUUACUUUAUUUAUGUUUUUUUAACAUUUGACAAUAGUCUUAAGCUGAUGAUUACCGUUAUAACGAAGGUUAAGUGCCUGUUAAGCAAGGAAAAUCCAACAAGUUGCAAUAUUUACAUACAAAUUUGUAUAGAAAUUUGAAAGUGAAUAAUAAUUAUAGUAUUUAAGAUUACAGGGUAUUAUAUAACAGCGACUACUACUGUUCCGACUAACUAACUACUAACCUAACGAACUCAACUAAACUGCUAAGCAAUUACUUUUUAAACCUACUAUGGUCUGCAAAGCGAUAAGGACCCGUUUAUAUAUUACCUGAAUAAUUGCUUACUUGGGUAAUGUAUAGAAAGUCCCUUAAGAGAAAGAGAGAUAGAGAGAGAGGAAGAGAAAGAGAAGAAACGAACAUUGUGCCAUGAAGCUGAGCGAAAGAAGAAUCUGAUGAAGGAAAAGGGAUAAACCUUUUGGGGAAGGAACCCACCCACAAAACAAAAGACAAACGACAAAGGAACGAAAAGAACUUUUAUUAGGUAAAUUGUGGUUUACAUAUUUUUUGAUAUACACCAUACAUAUAUAUUAUAUAUGAUAUAUAUUCCAUAAUUAUAUACAUUAACUAUAAUCGUAUUCCAUGUUAGUGCUUAAAUCUAAUUUAUUAUUUAUCGAUUCUCCCAUUCGCCCGUCCUCGUCCCCAUACCCCAUUUCAUGAACAAUAAUUAACCAUGCUAAGGGACAUAUUUUUUGUAUCGACGAGAUAAAGUCUAACUUGUAAAAAAAAACAAAAUGCAAUAAAAGUAAAGUUAUAUAAAUAAUUCUAUGAACUUGUAUUGCUCAAAGGCAUUUUAGUUUUAAGAGACACAGACACAUACCCAAUGCUAACUGUUAUACAAAAUACGCACACGCUCAAGCCUAAUAACUGUUAUACUGUUGAAUCUGUACUUUAUGAAUAUAUGUAUAUGUAUACACUAUACAUGAUCGAAUUAAAACGCUUUGCUAUUUACAGCUUCUGUAUGACACUUGAGCGGCGCCACUAUUAUGCCCGCUGCUGUACAUAGGCCAGUAUAACAGUGGCUCCGCCCAACUGAUCUAGCAUUUAAUAAUCUAUUAUACACAAUAUACAACAAAAACAUGCGAUAUUUUUAUAUGCUGUUGAUAGUGAAAGUGUAAUGUGUUGUAUUUUGACUACCCAGCUUCCCAACUCUUCGUUUUAAUCUUAAAAGCCUUUUUUGUCAAUGAAUAUAAAAGAAUAAAUAAAAACAAAACAAA